AAAAGACCCAGUGCAGCCCAGUGUUCUAGCUACAUGGAACCACAGAACUUAACAAGUGUCUUAGAAUUUCUCCUUCUGGGACUGUCAGAUGAUCCAGACUUGCAGCCUGUCCUCUUUGUGGUGUUCCUGUUCAUAUACCUGAUCACAGUGCUCGGGAAUCUGCUCAUCAUCAUGGCUGUCACCUCUGACUUCCACCUCCACACCCCCAUGUACUUCUUCCUCUCCAACCUGUCAUUAGCUGACAUUGGAUUCAGCAGCAGCACCGUCCCCAAGAUGCUGGCAAACCUCCAGACUCAGAGCAAAUCUAUUAGCUAUGCUGGCUGCCUAAUGCAGGUGGGCCUUUUUGCUUUGUUCGGUUCCUUUGACAGUCUACUCUUGACAGUGAUGGCCUAUGACCGCUUGGUGGCCAUCUGUCAUCCUCUUCACUACUCAAUCAUCAUGAACCCCCGCCUCUGUGGCAUACUGGUCCUUCUGUCAUUGUCAAUCAGCCUUUUGAAUUCCUUGGUGCACUGCUUGAUGGUGUCACAAUUUAACUUCUGUGCAGUCAUAGAAAUUCCUAAUUUCUUCUGUGACCCUCCUCGGCUCCUUAAGCUUGCGUGUGAUUAUACUUCAACUACUAAUAUAUUCAUCUUUUUCCAUGCUUCAGUCUUUGGUGGUCUUCAAGUCUCUGGAAUCCUGUAUUCUUAUGUUCGCAUUGUUUCUUCUAUUCUUAGAGUCCCAUCAGCUAGUGGGAAAUACAAAGCCUUCUCCACCUGUGGCUCUCACCUGUCCAUCGUGUGUUUGUUUUAUGGGACGGCCAUUGGGGUGUACUGUAGUUCAGUUCUUUCAGUUGCCCCCAGGAAGGUGGUGGUGUUCUCCAUGAUGUAUACUAUGGUCACCCCCAUGCUGAACCCUUUCAUCUACAGUUUGAGGAACAGAGACAUCAAGACAGCCCUUCAGAGGCUAGUGAAAAUGACAGCCUAA